CCGCACACUGUGGUGAUUGGGUUUUUGAGAUCUGUACUGGAGCCAAUCAGAGGGGUACCGGACAACGGAGAAACGAUAAGGGCUAUUUGUAAAUAAAGAUGGAGCAAUAUACCUCCACGGCGAGUGGGGAGCAGCAGAUAGUCGUACAGGCUGCCAACGGUCAAAUUCAGCAGCAGGCACAGGGCACAGUGACUGCUGUGCAGCUUCAAACUGAGGCUCCUGUCGCCACAGCAACUGGCCAGCAAGUGCAGACCCUCCAGGUCCAGGGCCAGCCCCUGAUGGUGCAGGUGAGUGGCGGGCAGCUCAUUACCUCGUCAGGACAGCCAAUCAUGGUGCAGGCCAUGUCCGGAGGCCAAGGUCAGACCAUCAUGCAGGUCCCUGUGUCUGGAGCCCAGGGCUUACAACAGAUUCAGCUGGUGCAGCCGGGGCAGAUCCAGCUGCAGGGGGGGCAGACACUGCAGCUCCAGGGUCAGCAGGGCCAGGCCCAGCAGAUAAUUAUCCAGCAGCCUCAGACGGCCAUCACCGCAGGACAGAACCAGGGACAGCAGAUCACAGUGCAGGGCCAGCAGGUGGCCCAGACAGCCGAAGGACAGACCAUAGUGUACCAGCCCGUUAAUGCAGAUGGCACUGUCCUCCAGCAAGGAAUGAUCACCAUCCCAGCUGGUACUCUGGCUGGCACCCAGAUAGUUCAGGCAGGGGGCACCAACACCUCCACCACCACCAACAGCGGGCAGGGUACUGUGACCGUCACGCUGCCAGUGUCUGGGAACAUGGUCAACGCUGGCGGAAUGGUCAUGGUAAGACCCUCCAAUGAGAUGGUGCCCGGUGGAACCACCGUGCCUGCCAUACAGAGAAUUCCCCUGCCAGGGGCUGAGAUGUUGGAAGAGGAGCCACUGUACGUCAAUGCCAAACAGUACCACCGCAUUCUCAAGAGGCGUCAGGCCCGUGCCAAGCUGGAGGCAGAGGGCAAGAUCCCCAAAGAGAGGAGAAAAUACCUCCACGAGUCUCGACACCGUCACGCCAUGCAGCGUAAACGUGGCGACGGCGGCCGUUUUUUCUCGCCCAAGGAGAAGGAGCUGGCCCUCAUGCAGGAACAGCAAGACCAGGUCCAGGCUGGUGACGAGGCCGUCGCCCAGAUGAUCCGCGUGUCGUAGCCUCGGGCGUCUCCGCCACCUCUGCUUCGGAGUGACAGCAAGCACCCUUAAAAACAAUGUUUCCCAUGCCUUAAAACGCCCCUCUCCAAUGCACAGAUCAUCAUCUCAGUCAGGGCCUCGCCGUCGACCAUCGUCUUCCUCAGCCACAUGAAGGGCCUGCUUGCGUGUCCUCAGGAUGGAAUCGCUGCUGGGACAGAACCAUAGCACGAGCCUUCCCUCAAGCGCAUGAAGAGUAUAAAGAGACUGGAAUCUGUUGGGAGCAAUAAGGAUUCCAAUAGAAAGUGUGUGUGUGUGUGUGUGAGAG